UCAAGGGCAUCCGAGUGCCGGCAAUGGAAAGUGAGAGAGAGCGGAAGGAGCACCCUCCAUCUCUCUUUUGGUGCCAAGCAAGAACGAGGAACCCUAACCCCUGUAUGUAUAUUCCUCAAAUGAAAUCCUAAAACCCUACAAACUGAAGCAAGAGUCCUAAAUCCCAUCGGCGGCGAGGGCCUGAAUGUUUUCGUGCAAAAAGCCUCAUCUCCUCCGUGAAACAUGCCUUGAAUUUAGCAGGCAGUUCUCUUGUUCUGCUGCUCCUAUCUACAUGAAACUUCUUCUGGACAACGUAGUACACGGUAUUGGCAGUCUAGAAGACAUGGAGAUCAGACUCGAACAAAUGAACAUGAGGGUUACCCCUGACCUAGCCACCAAAGUCAUCCAUUCUUGCAAAAUCCUUUCUGCAUCAACCAGUAUUGGCAGUGGCAGAAGCAGGAGCAGAAGGCUUCUGCGUUUUUUCAUUUGGUGUCUUCGCAGCAGAGAUGAGGACUUUGGGGUCGAUGUUUUCAACUGUGCAAUCCGGGCAUUCACUGAGAUGAAGGAUCUAACUGCCAUGGCGAUAUCCAUUUCUGAGCUUCAGAAGAUGGGAUGCAGGAUGGAUGCCGAAACCUUUGUCAUGGUAACUGACACUCUUGUUAAGGCCGGCAAGGUGGAUGAGGCUAUUCUGUUGUUCAGGAACGUGGUGGAGAAGAAGAUGCCAUAUGAAGGGGAUAAUUUGCCUUGCAUCACAGCAAUUGUCCAUGCCCUUUGCAGCAAAGGGUAUGCAAGGAAGGCUGAAGGUGUUGUUCGCCGUUACAGGGACAAGCUACAGGAGGAGAACAUUGGAACCAUUUACCGGAGCCUUCUUCAUGGAUGGUGCAUUUAUGGGAAUGUAAAGGAAGCCCAAAGGAUUUCAAAGGAGAUGAAAUCAAUUGGGAUUAAUCUUGGUUUAUCAUCCUACAAUGACCUUCUUCGCUGCAUUUGUAAUCGAAAUCUUAAGUUCAAUCCAUCUGGACUUGUCUCAGAAGCAACUGAUUUGAUGAUGGCCAUGAGAUCAUCUGGUGUCACCCCAACCACUGUUAGUUUCAACAUUUUGUUAUCUUGUUUAACCAGAGCUCGUAGGGUGAAGGAAGCUUGCGAUAUCCUUUCUUCAAUGAUGCAUGGAGAGGUGAAAUCUUCCCCAGAUCAGGUAACAUAUUAUCUAGUCCUCAAAGUCCUGUAUUUGACAAAUAGGAUUACUAAAGGCAAUAGAAUUUUGGAUAAGUUGAUUAGUAAUGGAGUAAUGGUUGAAGCUCGGUUCUUUCAUUGCUUGAUUGGCAUUCUUUGUGGAAUCGAAAAUGUAAACUGCGCUGUAGAAAUGUUUGAGAAGAUGAAAAGUCAAUGUAGGGAGAACUUAGGACCAACAUAUGAUUUAUUGAUUGAGAAGCUUUGCAGAAAUGGAAACUUUGAUUUAGGAAAACAUUUUUAUGAUGAGGCAAUAGAGAAUGGUGUUGUACUCAAAAUUUCAAGUGAUUUACUGGAUCCCUUGAAGACCCAAGUGUUUAAGCCAGCAAGAUCACAAGAAAAGAUCAUCCUGGGUGAAUAUAAGGGCAAGGUACUUCUUAGACGUAGAAGAGUGAUUGAAACCACACGCACUCUUCUCCACGCAGCUCACCUUCCCUUUCGUUUCUGGGCGGAAGCACUUCAAACAUCAAAUUACCUCAUCAAUCGACUCCCAACCUCUGCUCUAAACUCCAAAAUCCCAUACUCUCUUCUUCACGGUCGUUCUCCCAACUACGAACACCUCAAGUGCUUCGGCUGUCUCUGCUUUCCCUGGCUUCAACCUUAUACACCUCACAAACUUACCCCUCGAUCUCUUCCAUGCAUAUUUCUGGGUUACUCUCCUCAUCAUAAGGGCUACCGCUGCUUUCAUCUUCCCACCAACAAACUUUACAUAUCAAGACACGUCAAAUUCCUAGAACAACAGUUCACUUUCUCUUCAACUUCACCACCUCCCAUACAGUCCCCCAGAGCUUACAUCCCUCCAUCCCUUCUUCUUCCUACAUCCACCCUAACCACACCAGCUAAUCAACCAUCCCUCAACACUCCUACUCCAUCCACUACAUCAUCCUCUCCUAAUCUUCCUCCUGAACCUCAGGACAUACCUUCCUCCUCUCAUCCCGAACCCAGAGCACACCCACCCACCGCACAUCCCAUGGAAACAAGAUCUAAAACUGGCCACUCUAGACCCAAGAAAAUCUAUGAUCUACUUGCUGUUGAAGAUAUCUCCUCUACCCCGUCCAACUACAAGGCUGCUGCCAUCCAUCCUCACUGGCAAGAAGCCAUGUCAUUGGAAAUAGAAGCUCUUCACAACCAACACACAUGGACUCUUACUCCACCGCCUCUAGACGCCCCUGUGCUUGGAUGUCGGUGGACAUACAAAACCAAGACAAAACCAGAUGGCACUCUCGACAGACAUAAAGCCCGGCUGGUGGCGCAAGGCCAUACCCAACAAUAUGGCAUUAACUACAAGGAUACAUUUAGUCCCGUGGCUAAAAUGCCCACAAUUCGGAUAUUGUUGAUCAUCGCACUCCAAAGACAUUGGCCUCUAUUACAAUUUGAUGUCAACAAUGCAUUUCUCCAUGGUGAUCUCAAGGAGGAAGUCUAUAUGCAGCAACCACCCGGCUUCAUAGAUCCAGCUCGUCCCAAUCACGUCUGCAAACUUCACAAGGCCCUCUACGGCUUGAAACAGGCUCCUCGAUAG